GGAAACUCUGCAGAACAGAGCUCUGACGUUAACAAAGCAAAGACUGGAUCCUGAUGUUAAGAGCUGAAUUUCUUCUGGCAAGCAGCGUGAAGAUGCGGGCGCUGGUGGUUGUCAUCUGCGUUUUCCUACAGGUGCCAGGUUGUUUUCCAUCAUGCCUCAUAAUGGGUUCUGUAGCCAGCUGUUUCUCCUGCAAACUCCGCUGGGUUCCUUCUCUUCCUCCCCACAUCACCCACCUGUACCUGGGCAUGAACCACAUUGGUGAGAUCAACUCCACCUCCCUGUCAGGCCUGGAGUCGCUGCUGGAGCUGGACCUCGGACAACAGUAUGUGCCGCUUGUAAUCAGGAGCAACGCCUUCAGCAGACAAGGACGCCUGAGGAGGCUGGUGCUCGGCUUCAACGCCGGCCUUCAGCUGGAGCCAGAGGCUUUCGUGGGACUGUCCAGUUUGCGAAAUCUCCACCUGGAUCACUGUUCGCUUCAGGAAUCCAUACUGAAGGAGAACUACCUGGAACCACUGUCCUCCUUAGAGACUCUUGACCUCUUUGGUAACCAGAUAAACAGGCUCCAGCCUUCACUUUUCUUUGCAAACAUGACCAAUUUGAAAGAUCUGAAUCUCAAGCUGAACAAAAUUGACAAAAUAUGUGAGCCUGAUCUGGCUGGUUUCCAGGGGAAGCACUUUGAGGUUCUGAACUUGGACUCUGUUUACUUUACGGCCAUGUUAAGUGAAGGUUUUGACUGGCAGGUAUGUGGGAACCCUUUCAGAGGAAUGUCUUUUCAUACCCUUGACCUGUCCAACAGCGGGUUUAGUGCGGGUAAAUCCAAGCAGUUUUUCAGAGCCAUUGAAGGGACAAAGAUCUCCCAUCUCAAAAUGUCAGGACACAUGGGUAAAGGAUUUUCAUUCAGUAAUCUCCCUGAUCCAGACCGCAGCACGUUUGAAGGCCUGAAGAACAGUUCGCUCCUCGUAUUGGAUCUGUCUAAAAACAGGAUAUUUGCAUUGCAAGAGGGGGUUUUUAGUCGACUGAAAGAGGUCACAGUCAUUGACAUUUCCCAAAACAGAGUGAAUCGGAUACACAGAAAUGCUUUUCAAGGUCUUCAGGGACAUUUAAAAAUGCUGAACUUGUCAAAUAACCUGCUUGGGGAAAUCUAUUCUAACACUUUUGCUUCUCUGACAAACCUGCAAGUGUUAGACUUGUCUUACAAUCACAUUGGUGCACUGGGCUAUCGCUCAUUUAGAGGACUUCCCAACUUGAAAGCAUUAAAACUGACAGGAAACUCUUUGCGGAAUCUAGGCUUCCCUGCAUCUCUACCCAGCCUCAGUGUACUCCUGCUGAAUGACAAUAAGUUGACGGCCUCGUCGGUGAGCAGUCUCGUACGGUUUGCCACAAACAUUACACAUCUGAACAUCGAGGACAACAGAUUAACAAACCUGGAUGAUCUUCACACCUUCUGGACUGAACUGAAACGCCUCCAUGUUCUCUUCUAUGGAGGAAACACAAUCAGGUGGUGCACACUCAGUAGACAGGUUUCUGCAACUGGCCCGAGUAACUUAACAGUCCUGGAUCUUCACAGCAGCUCCCUGCAGUCUAUGUGGUCUCAGGGGAGAUGCCUGAGUCUGUUUGACCAUCUUGGACAAGUGGUUGGUCUCAACUUGAGCUUCAACGCGCUGCAGUCGCUUCCUCCGGAUGUUUUCAAGGGUCUCACCUCAGUAGUGGACAUGGACCUCUCAUCCAACACGUUGACUUACCUCCCGCCUGAUGUACUACCCAAAAGUCUCAAAGUACUCCACCUCUCCAACAACUUCAUAGCCUCCCCUGACCCCGCCGCCUUUCACUCUCUGAGCUCCCUCGACCUAAAUAUGAACAGAUUUCACUGCGACCCAAACCUGAAGAGCUUCCUGACUUGGCUGAGCAACACCAACGUAACGUUCCUGAGUCCUGUUGAUGAGCUCAGAUGUGAAUUUCCUUCUGGUUUCUAUAAUGUCCCUCUGUUAAAUUACUCUGCUCAGGUCACACAGCAGUAAAAUAAAGAUGCAAAAUGCUUUAAACAUUAUAAUAGCCUCUAAAUCUAGUACAAUUGCAGAUAAUAUAAUACUUUGAAAUUUUUAAGUAUUAAUUCUUGCUUCAGAAUGAGAUCUUUUCUAGAAAUAAAUGACUUUAUAUGCUGCAACUAUAUAUUCUUAACUGAUGUACUGAAACAAUGAGAUCAAUGUACAUUAUAUCAAUAUAUACCGAUUAUGUGAAGCUACCAUGUUCCUCUGCAGGAGUAAUCACAUCAACACUGUUCUUGUAUUUCUAAUGUGAAAAUCAAAAUUCUCAGAA